AUGGCCCCAUCCCCCCCCGACGGCCCCCUCCAGAAGGCUCUAGCGGAAUCUGUAGCAGCAGCUUCCAUCAGAGCCUCUGAAGGACAGUCCCUAUUUGAUCCUAUCGCAAAGUUCUUGGAUCAACACCGCACCAACAAUCAAGGCCCCCCCAAACACUUAAAGGAAGCCCUGGCCCAACUCAGCGACGAACUCGCAACAGUGGCUACAACACACUUCAAAGCAUUUAUCACAGGCUCAACCCCGAUCAAGCCACAUAUACACAAAAAUGCCUCUGCAUCGAACAGCACCCCGAUCACAAAGCCUACAUAUGCCAAAGCUGCUGCCUCAACUACCUCAAAGAUCUUCAGCCAGCCUUCAGCCACAAAGACCAAAAGCAUUCAAAAACUCUCCGAGGACAACAGACUCUUCGUCCGACUCCCUCUAGCCCACCCGGCAAGAGAUAUGCAUGUCUAUGCUAUCUACACGAGCCUCAAAACCAAACUAGGAAUACAUGGAAAAGCUCUUCAGGAAAUACAGCAAACGAAGUCCGGCCUGGCCUUAUGCCCAAACAGACCCGAAUCCCUCUCAAUCCUCGAAUCCCAGAUUCAAACCAUCUCCAACUUCUUCACCUCCCCUUCUGGCACGGUCAAAGUAGAGCGAAACGCUCAAUGGCUCUCAUACCGUAUCUCCAACGUCCCCAGACGCAUAGGCCUCUUCGAAAAUGACCAAUAUACAACAGGAGAUGUGGAUUCACACAUGUUAAAACUGGCCAUUAAAGAACUGACAGGUGUCACCCCACUUCUGGUAGCGGAAACACCGAACAGCACUAUCACUCCGUCCAGUUCAACCUGCGAUUGGUUCGUCAACUUUCCAAACGAGACCAAUCCAUCCCAAAUCCCGAAGUUCAUGCGACUCUUCGGGGCACAUGAUAUUGCACUCGCUACAGCAUACAACGAAAAGUCCGACAUCAUAAUGAUACAAGAACCAUACAUCUCGAAAGACCUCUCCCGCCGAAUCACCAAAUGGCACCCAGCAUACCAAUGCUACUCCCCAACAGACAACUGGCUUGAGCAUGGUAGACCCAGAGUGAUCUCCUACAUCCGCAAAGACCUAGACAUCAUUAUCACCCAACUCAAACCCCCUCACAUUGACCCAUAUGCCCUUUCAGAUCUCCUCAUCCUCCAACUAAAAACUGAGACCAAUUACUCAGUCACCAUCUUCAAUAUAUAUAACAGCCCCCGCGGUUCUCCAACCCGCCCCCAGAAUACCACCCAAACCCUCAUCGACACCCCAGACACCUACCUUCAAGGGAACACCUUCCUCUGUGGGGACUUCAACCUCCCACACCGGAACUGGCAACCUAGCUAUACAGGAAACCUCUCUCCUGCCUCUAUCCCCUUCAACAAAUGGCUCGAAGAACACCAAUUAGUAUUCUCAUCCGAGCUAGAUAAACCUACCCACUCUAUAGGCAAUGUUCUGGAUCUGGCCUUUUGCUCCCACACACUACAUCAACAAGGCCUCAAUACCCGUGUCGCCUAUCACCUUGAUGUCACCUCGGACCACACUCCCCUCCUUACAAAUAUCCCAUGGAUAUCCAAUACAACGAAUACUUUGAAACAGCUUCGUCCUAAAAGCCUCGAUCCUACCCUUUUCAAAUCCCUCUUAAAAACCAAUCUCACAACCCUGAAUGCCCCACCUCGAAGCGAAGCAGAACUAGACCAGUUCACCGAUGACCUUGUAGACGCCAUCCACAAAGCUUAUUGUGGCUCUGCCAAAAGAACUACAGGCCAAAACAAAGGCCAACCCUGGUGGAACGAUGAAUGCAGCAAUGCACGCAUACAAUACCACCGAAAUCAGAUUGACAAACAACUCUUCAGACAAACCAUCCGAAAAGCUAAAAGAUCCUUCUACCGCACAAAGAUAGACCAGGCCCAACAUGCCAAGGACAUCUUCGCCAUAUCUAAAUGGCAUAAAACCACAGGCUCUUUCCAUUCCCCCCCUCUCAAGGACCCCCUUCACCCCAACCGACCCCUUGCAACCGGGACCCCGGAAAAACGAACCAUCUUAAUAAACAAUCUCCUCAAAAGAGAUACAGAAGUUGGAGACAUCCCUAUAGAUUGCCCAACUGUCCCUACCAAACAACUCCCUCCCCCAAUCAUCAAUGCUCAAGCGAUACAGAACGCAGUCUUGUUGGCAGGCAAUACAGCCCCUGGGGCAGACGGACUCCCUACAGCAAUCCUCAAAGAAGCCUGGUCUCUGAUCGAGCCAUUCGUCUCCCAACUUUACUACAGCUGUCUCCACCUCGGAUAUCACCCGAAAUCCUUCCGCAGUGCGAUCCUUGCAAUCAUCCCCAAACCCAAUAAGGCCGACCUCUCCUCUCCCAGAUCAUACAGACCCAUCGCCCUACUCUCAGUCCUCGGCAAAGGACUCGAACGAUUAAUUGCCCGGCAAAUGUCCUGGACCUCGAUCUCCCAUAAAGUCCUUUCCACACACCAAUUCGGAGCCCUGCCUCUCAGAUCCUCAGUAGACCUCACCACCUGCCUUACCCACGAUGUCGAACAUGCACUUAACUUAAACGGCUCGGCCUCGUUGCUCACUCUCGAUAUCAAAGGAGCCUUCGACGCUGUCCUCCCCGGACGCCUGAUCCGGAGGCUCCGGGAACAAGGCUGGGCCCCUAACCUCACCAAAUGGUUAUCCUCCUUCGUAACCCGAAGAACCAUCCAAGUUCGCCUAGAUGGAACCACAGGCCCCAAAACAAACAUUGAAUGCGGGCUCCCACAAGGCUCCCCUAUAUCACCCAUUCUCUUUAUGUUAUACAUCGCCCCUAUCUUCAAAAUGGGGAAGGACACAAUCAAAUUCGGCUACGCAGACGAUGUAGCUAUACUAGCAGCCUCGAACUCUCUGGAUGAUAAUGUCACCGAACUCAACGCUACCACACUGGAGAUCCUAACCUGGGGCGCCUCAGAAGGCAUCACCUUUGAUCCCGGCAAAUCAGAACUCAUCCACUUCUCAAAACGCAGGACUGAACAGAACCCAGAUACUACCCCUACAAUUACUAUGGGAGAUCUAACAAUCAAAGAACUUGCCAAUGGAAAGCCCUAUAUUAGAUGGCUCGGAAUCCUCUUCGAUAAAAAGUUAUCCUUCAAAUGGCAUACGAAAGAACUAGCUACAAAAGCUAUUGUAAUAGCCAGAGCUCUUAAAUCCCUGGGUAACUCUAUAAGAGGAGCCCCUCCCAGACUACUACGGCAAGCCGCUGAAGCAUGUGUCCUCAAACGUGCAUACUUUGGAGCAGAAACCUGGUGGACAGGUAGAACACAAUUCGGAAUAAACCACCCUACUAAGGUGGAGGGCCAUAUCAACCAGUUAAGUAAGGUUACCUUAGAGUGUGCCAGAGCAAUCCUGCCAGUAUGGAGGACAACCAACAUAGCAAUACUGCACCGUGAAUCAGGACUCCGCCCGCCUGAAAUUGAACUGGACGACCUAGCUCGCGCUUCAACAGUUAGAACCAGAAGACUGGACCCCUACCACCCUCUCGCCUGGAGAGCUAAAUGGAUCCAAGAGGACCCCGGCUCUUUCAAGACCCGUUUCGCCUGCCGUAUCCUAUCUCUUCCGCCCUCGGAACAGAUCGAUCCCCUAUCAGCCCCUAAAUGGCUAGAAUAUGAAUCAAGAGCAGAAAUAAUGAAGCGUAUUCACAGCCCCAAUGGCCGUACCAAACAGGAAGCAGCUACUGAAUUCAACGAUUUCUAUGACCUACUCCCUCGCGAAGAUAUCGUUAUCUUCUCUGACGGGUCUAAACUUGCAAACGGCAACACUGGUGGCGGUUUCGUAGGGUACCAAGACAACCACAAAUUCUGCGAAGGGAGCCUUCCACUAGGAAGAAUGAAGGAAGUAUACGAUUCUGAAGCGAUCGCAGCUUUCGAAGGCCUCAAGGCCGCUAUCUCCUCGAUCGAAUCGAGAAUAGCAACAGAUAUAUACAUCUGUCUUGAUAAUAUUGAGGUAGCAGCAAGACUCCUCUCCAAAUCUACCGGAUCCUCCCAGGACACCUUCUCGGCUUUCCGCCAACUAGCCUCAACCUGGCACAAUGGCACAGUCCAUAUCCGAUGGGUCCCUGGUCAUAAAGAUGUAGCAGGAAACGAAGCGGCUGACAAAGCGGCCAAGGCAGGGGCAGCCCUCCCUCAACCCACAGGGGCCUACUCAUAUGCAGGACUCAGAAGAGUGACCAAAGGACUCAGGCAAAAAGCAAUGAAUCAGCUGUGGUCAACAGUGAUCCCAACAACCUACAGAGACCUCGAGAUCUUUACCUCACCAAGGAACCCAAAAGAACUCUCUCUCCCUAGACCCUUCCUAGGUCGCCUAAUAGCUAUCCGCUCAGGCCAUGGAGACUUCGCAUCGUACCACGAACGUUUCCUACAUCAAGACGCACAACUGCUUUGCAGAUGUGGAGCCCGUAAAUCCCCAGUACACUUCUUCUUCUGCAGUAUCGCCAAAAGAAACCACCCCCGGCCUAAAGGGAAACCUGCCGAUAUUCUUCCGUUCCUCUGCGGUACCUACGAAGGUGCUGAGGUAUUAGCAAACUGGACGAAAGCGAACGGAUUCUAUACCAACAUAUGUCCCCUCCACCUCCCUCCCCCCCCAAUCUUAAAGGGCCCCAUUCACUCGCUGAAGGAUUAA